CCGAUCGACUUGCCCUUCGAAAUUAAUUCCAAUUACUCAUUCACUAAAAAAAAGCAUUUUGUAAAAUGACCUCGCCUGACGAUAACAAACAGCUUCCUAGUCAAUUAAACUGCGACAAAGACGUUGAAAAAGCGACUGAUUCGAAUCGACCUACAGCUCGCAAAAAACGAGCAUUAGACGAAUUAGACGACUCUUCUAGAGAAGACUCUGCAGCAGCAUUAUCUUCACCGUCGUCGUCGUCUGACCCAGGAAACAACAGUCAACAGCAACCACAACCUCGUCGACAACGACGAGCACGGAAAGCACCUCAUGAAUUAUUAACGGAAGCCGAAAAGAAGGCUAAUCAUAUUGCAUCCGAACAAAAGCGGCGACAAAACAUCCGCCUUGGUUUCGAACAAUUGAUUGAAGUCGUGCCGUCCUUGAGUCAAGGAAAUCGUAGUGAAGCGCUUAUCCUGCAAAAAUCGGUGGAUCAUAUUCGACAUCUGAUUUCAGUCAAGGAUGAUCUCAAGGAUCAAGUACGAGAUUUGCAAGGGCUUCUGGGAGAACCGGUUUAUGAGGAAGAUUCCUCGGAAGAUGAAUUAGCAUAUGCAGCGCUUGGUUAAAAUGUGAGGACCAUAAUGGAAUACUUUGACAGUAGCGGAAAGAGAAGUUGGGCAACAGCAAGAUCUGGGAUCCGAUGGUUCCACAUAAACAUAAGAAGAAUAACCCCUCACAUAUUCAUUCAGACUUUCCGUUCAUACGAAACAAAUGACGAAGCCCUUAAUGUUGAUAUACGUAACACUAUCAAGUACUAAUAAACAACUGAUUUUUUUCUCAUCCCUUGCAA